CUAGAGGAAGGAGGAGGAGGACAAGAAAGUGAGGGAGGAGUGCUUGGAAGGAGAGCAGAAAUGUUUACUGGUAUUUCUUCCAAUGUCCCAGUGCCUACUGGUGUAUUCUGGACCACGGCCUGAAGCAGCUGUUCCUGUUCAUCGUUUGAUAGAGAUCUAACGCCAUCUGAACUAUAUCUCUCUUCCUCCGGACGAGUCUACACCUCCAAUCAGCUAUUCUCCACACUGAGAUCCUAGAGUUGGUAUUUCUUAGUAAAGAACAAGGGAAAUAAAGCAAAGGAUUCAUCCUCAGGCAUACUAGAGGAGAUGAUCUAACAGUCAGUCUCUGCCAAGAGAUCAAGAUAUCUUUUCGCACAGAUAAGAAAAAUCUGCCCUCAAGAACAUCACAAACUUUUGCCGCUCACCCAGGUUGAAGGACACCAACCAGCAGAAAGAAAAGAGGUCCGAUUCCUCCAAAUUAACCACAGUGAGAUAUCCAUUUCCAAUCUUUGCAAUAGUGAAGGCAAACCUCCCCUCGAGGAACCAGAACUCAAGACAAGACUUAUCCAUCAAUGUGAAGAUCACAUAGCCUUUGAAGGAAAAAAUUUAAAGCAAGCAAGGGACAAUCCACAUUUCCCAGGCUUCUACCAGCAUAUCAUUCUACUAAUCAAGACUAGAGACGUAAAAAAAAGAGCCUGUUCACCAAAUUCUGUUCACCUUUCAUAAAGUAGACAUCUCAAUCCAGACAUCUGCACUCCAAGAAACGUUGAACUCCAGGCACUAAUUGCAGGAAGCUCCUGAUCUUCAUACUAAAGCAAGUCAUCACAGAGCAGAUCGACCCCAAUUGCCUAUGGCUGACUGGAGCUUGCUCGGUAAUUUCCUAGAAGAGGUGCAGGAGCACUCAACCUCAGUAGGAAAGGUGUGGCUCACCAUCCUCUUCAUCUUCCGCAUCCUUGUGCUAGGCACUGCAGCAGAGUCAUCUUGGGGUGAUGAGCAGGAGGACUUCACAUGCGACACAGAACAGCCAGGUUGUGAGAAUGUUUGCUAUGACCGUGCCUUCCCCAUCGCCCACAUACGCUUCUGGGUGCUGCAGAUAGUCUUCGUAUCUACACCUUCACUGAUCUACAUGGGCCACGCCAUGCACACUGUGCGCAGGAAAGAGAAGAUGAAGCAGAAGGAACAGGAAGCUCAGACAGAUGAUGGUGGAGGAGGAGGAGGAGGAGGAGGUGCAGAGAAGUACCCAGAGGAAGAAAGGGAUUGUGGAAAGGAGGAAUCCAGUGGGGGAAAAGUGCAUCUGAGGGGUGCACUGCUGCAGACCUAUGUCCUGAGUAUCAUGAUCCGCAGCCUGAUGGAAGUGAUCUUCAUCAUAGUUCAGUACAUGCUAUAUGGAAUAUUCCUCGACACACUAUACAUGUGCAAGGGGCCUCCAUGCCCACAUACAGUCAACUGUUACAUCUCACGGCCCACUGAAAAGAACGUCUUCAUUGUGUUCAUGCUAGUGGUGGCAGGUGUGUCUCUGUUUUUGAGCAUUGUUGAACUCUACCACUUGGCAUGGAAGCAGUGCAAGAGGUGCAUCAUAGAAAACCAGGCCAAAAAGCAUCAAAGAUUCAAUACAACAUUAGCUAUAACCUCUGGUUCUCCAGAACCUUCCACACUAAACCGAGCCUGUACCCCACCACCCGAUUUCCAUGAGUGCCUAGCUACAUCCACUCCACCUUCACACCUAUUCCAGACGAAAAUGCACACACACACUCAUGCACAUCCAAGCUUCCCACCAUUUACCAACCACCUGGCAUUCCAGCAGAAUUCUGCCAACAUGGCAACAGAGCGUCACCACAAUCAUGACAGUACAGGGCCCGAAGACUUUCUCAAGAUGAGCUUCUCACAGGAAUCCACAAACAUGCCCAAUAUGUGUGUUCCACCCACACUGCCAAGCAAUGGAUUUCUGAGUGACAAACGACGGUUCAGCAAGAGCAGUGGGACCAGCAGUAGAGUGAGACCAGACGAUCUGUCUGUAUAGUCUUAUGCCCUUAGGUUAGGCAGUCAUAAAAUGACGUAAAUUACUGUAAUAAAGUAGUAAGUUUUGUACUUGAGCUAGUGGAUUUUGUCAAGUAAACAUCAAGAGUACACCAAGACCUAUCUGCUGCUGCUGCAAAAAAAAUUGAUUACAUUAAUUCCAUAAACUACAUUAUAUUUACCAUAGGUCUGUAUUAUGUUUCAUAAAAAUGGCCAUGGGAUAGUAGUAAUAACUGGGGCCCUUAACUCAUUCAUUCAUCAAUCUUCAGUAACCUCUUUAUUCUGGUUUGCGGUGGCUUCACAGCCUAUCCCAGGAACACUGGACUUACCUUGAAUAGGAUGCUAGUCAAUCACAAGUCACCAUGUGCACACACAUUCAUGCCUAAAGAAUUUAAGGCAGUCAGUCCACCUACUGGCAUGUUUUUGAGGUGUGAGUCUAUAUGGACAUGGGGCAACAUGCAAAAUUCUGCAGCUCUGCACUACAUCAUGCUCAGGAUCAUACCGGGUACAGUAGAGCUGUGAGGCAGCAGCUCUAGCUGCUGUUCCACUAUGUUGCCCUGGGACCCUUAACUGUGAAAAGAUAAAAGGGGUAUAGUGUAUAUUUCACUGGAUCCAGGUCACAGCAAAGCUUAAAACAAGCUGGAGGUUAUUACAGACAUCACUGUUACAGGUUUUAAACGGCAUAACUUCAGCACGUAUUAUGAAGCCAGAAACUUACUUAUGCUUUAUUUUGCAUUAUUCUCGGUUAAAACAAAUGCUCAUAAGGCUCCUGCAAAUGAAGUUUGUUCAAUGGUAGAGCCUCAUCAUCCAAUAUCAAUUCUUUAUUAUGCAAGUAUUCUCAUUGUAAUAAGUUAUCAAACGUAUGACACCUGUGGUUUCCAUAUGUAAAUAGUAAUGUGUGUGAAUUAAUAGUAGUUAAUAAAAGUUCAUUUAUUUUCA